AGGACAAAGAGAGAAUGGAGACCGCUGGAGGACCGGAGCUGCACCGAUCUACCCUGGUUCCUGCUCUUUGCUGUCUUCUGCGUCGGCAUGGGUAGUAUCUGUGGGUUCAGCGUGGUGACGGGUGGAGCGGCCCGCCUCGUCUCCGGCUACGACAGCUACGGGAACACCUGCGGUCGCCGUAACGACCCGAUCGCAGGGGUCCGGCUCAGCGGAUUGGACCACACCGACAGGAAGUUUGUGUUCUUCCUGGACCCCUGUAACAUCGACAUCGUGCAGAGGAAGAUCCGCUCGCUGGCGCUCUGUGUGUCUCUGUGUCCCGGCGAGGAACUCGCAACCUACCAGGACCUGAAGAGGUUCGCCAUGCUCAACGGUUCAGAGUUGUGUUCCUACGAGUUAGCAGGUCAUAAAUAUCCCGGACUACCGGAGAGGUUCUCUAAAUGUCCCAAACUUCCUGUUCCACCCAGUAAGCCGCUGCCGGUCUUUAACCGCUGCACGCCGCUGGAUGUGUCCUGCUACGCCCGCCUGGCGGAGGCCGUGGUGACGUUCGUGGGCGAUAACGGCGUUCUGCACCGAGUGGUCGCCGGCGUCGCCGCCAGCAAAGAGAUCAUCAUCGGCCUGUGUGUCCUCGCUCUGGGCCUGUCGAUGAUCCUCAUGGUGAUCAUUCGUUAUAUCUCGGCGGUCCUCGUCUGGAUCCUGACCUCGCUGGUCGUCCUCGGCUCCCUCGCGGGGACCAGCGUGCUCUGGUGGCUCUACAUCGACCACCGGCUCUACGGGAACGCCACCGCCCCCCCGAGGCCGGAGGAGGGGGGGGGGGCGUCCGUCGGCCGGGACAGCGGCCGGGCGCUGCUGGUCUACGCCGCCGCCGCCUCCGUCUUCACCCUGAUCCUGCUGCUGCUGAUGCUCUUCAUGAGGAAGCGCGUGGCGUUGACCGUGGCGCUGUUCGCCGUGGCGGGGAAGGUCUUCGUGCAGCUGCCGCUGCUCUCGCUGCAGCCGUUCGUCACCUUCGGCGCGCUGCUGCUGUUCUGGAGCUACUGGAGCCUCACGCUGCUGUUCCUGGGGACCAGCGGGAACCCGGUCCAGAACGAGGAGACGGGUCUGACGGAGUUCCGGCUGACGGGUCCUCUGCAGUACCUGACCUGGUACCACGCGGUCGGGCUGGUCUGGAUCACAGAGUUCAUCCUGGCCUGCCAGCAGAUGACCGUGGCCGGCGCCGUCGUCACAUACUACUUCACCAGGGAUAAGAACCGUCUCCCGGUGACGCCAAUCCUGUCGUCGGUGCUGCGGCUGGUCCGGUAUCACCUAGGAACCGUUGCUAAGGGAGCCUUCAUCAUCACGCUGGUCAAGAUCCCCCGACUCAUCCUCAUGUACCUGCACAACCAGCUCAAAGGAAAGGAGAACGCCUGUGCUCGCUGUCUGAUGAAGACCUGUAUCUGCUGUCUCUGGUGUUUGGAGAAGUGCCUCAACUAUCUCAAUCAGAAUGCCUAUGCAGCAACGGCCAUUAACAGCACCAGUUUCUGUACGUCGGCGCGCGACGCCUUCGUGAUCCUGGUGGAGAACGCGCUCCGCAUCGCGACCAUCAACGCCAUCGGAGACUUCGUGCUCUUCCUGGGGAAGAUCCUGAUCGUGACGGCGACAGCGUUUGCCGGCGUGCUGCUGCUGAACGCCCAGCGGGACUACGCCGAGUGGCUGCUGCCGCUCGCCAUCGUGUGUCUCUUCUCCUUCCUGGCAGCGCACUGCUUCCUGUCGGUGUUCGAGAUCGUGGUGGACGUCCUGUUCCUCUGCUUCGCCGUGGACACCAAGUACAACGACGGCUCGCCGGGCAGCGAGUUCUUCAUGGACAAAGCUCUCAUGGAGUUCGUGGAGAGCAGCCGGCGGUUGGGGCGAGCGGCGGAGCGUGGGCGGAGCCGCGUGAAGGAGGCUGCAGCGGUGGGGGGGGCGGAGAUGAAGCCCAUGGUGAGUGACAGCAGCUGUGGCGUGGAGUCGGCGGGGGCGGGGCUGGACGGCGGCGGCGGGGAGUGGGAGGAGCUUCAGGAGUUCCAGGUGUACUACCUGCUGCUGGGCGUGGUGCUGGACUGGGCGCUGGCGGAGGGGGGCUUGGUGCUGUGUCUUAGCGAGGACGUGGUCCUCUUCCUCUGCGUCUACCUGCCCACCUCAACGCUCUUCCUGUUCGCCAGCCUGCUGCACGCGCCAAGCCCCGCCCCUGGCACUCACAGCACCCAAUCAGCUGCCGCUGCCGCCACAAGCUGACACACAGAGACGCCUAAUGCAUGCUAACUGAAGCACAGAGACAUCUAACGCAUGCUAACUGAAGCACAGAGACUCCUAACGCAUGCUAACUGAAGCACAGAGACAUCUAACGCAUGCUAACUGAAGCACAGAGACAUCUAACGCAUGCUAACUGAAGCACAGAGACAUCUAACGCAUGCUAACUGAAGCACAGAGACAUCUAACGCAUGCUAACUGAAGCACAGAGACAUCUAACGCAUGCUAACUGAAGCACAGAGACAUCUAACGCAUGCUAACUGAAGCACAGAGACAUCUAACGCAUGCUAACUGAAGCACAGAGACUCCUAACGCAUGCUAACUGAAGCACAGAGAC